ACUCGUUGCCCGCUGUCGUGCCAGAUGACUCGUUGCCCGCUGUCGUGCCAGAUGACUCGUUGCCCGCUGUCGUGCCAGAUGACUCGUUGCCCGCUGUCGUGCCAGAUGACUCGUUGCCCGCUGUCGUGCCAGGUGACUCGUUGCCCGCUGUCGUGCCAGAUGACUCGUUGCCCGCUGUCGUGCCAGAUGACUCGGUGCCCGCUGUUCUGCCAGAUGACUCAGUGCCCGCUGUCGAGCUUGAUGACUCGUUGCCCGCUGUCGAGCCUGAUGACUCGUUGCCUGCUGUCGAGCCUGAUGGCCCGGUGCCCGCUGUCGUGCCAGAUGACUCGGCGCCCGCUGUCGUGCCAGAUGACUCGGUGUCUGCUGCUCCACCCGAUGUGCCUCUGUCCGCUGCUCCGCCCGAUGUGCCUCUGUCCGCUGCGCAGCCCGAUGUGCCUCUGUCCGCUGCGCAGC